AAACACACUUCACAUGUUCUCCGUCUUGGCAGUUGCAGGUCUCAGCUUUUUCUCCCGCGAGUAGCUGUUGCUCGUGACGCGCUUUCUAGUAAUCCAAACACCGCCUCCGCAAACCCCGGUGCUCCGAGCUCUUUUACCGUCUCCGCCUCUCUGCCGAGAUUCUUGCAUCUGCGGUUGCGCUUCGCGAGUGGAAGGUGAGGAUUAAAGGCUCGGUUGUAGCGAGAAAAGACAGACGAAUACUGAAUCGGUGGAUAGAGAGAAAGUAGAGAGAGAUGGGGGAGAAAGAGGGAGGUGUUGGUAAAAAGAUAACGGUUGGCGUAUGCGUAAUGGAAAAGAAGGUGAAAUGCGGCUCCGAGGUUUUCUCGGCUCCGAUGGGGCAGAUUUUGGAGAGACUCCAGGCAUUUGGUGAAUUUGAGAUCAUACAUUUUGGGGACAAAGUUAUUCUUCAGGAUCCAAUUGAGAGGUGGCCUAUAUGUGAUUGCUUGAUUGCAUUCUAUUCUUCCGGGUAUCCCCUUGAAAAGGCCGAGGCAUAUGCUGCUUUGAGGAAGCCUUUUCUUGUAAAUGAAUUGGAGCCACAACACCUUCUUCAUGAUAGAAGGAAGGUAUAUGAGCGCCUUGAAAUGUUUGGAAUUCCUGUUCCAAGAUAUGCGCUUGUAAAUAGAGAAUUUCCAUAUCAGGAGCUGGAUUAUUUUAUGGAGGGAGAUGAUUUUGUGGAGGUUCAUGGAAAUCGCUUUUGGAAGCCUUUUGUGGAGAAACCUGUUCAUGGUGAUGAUCACCGUAUAAUGAUCUACUACCCUAGUUCUGCAGGUGGGGGCAUGAAAGAAUUGUUCAGGAAGGUUGGUAACAGGUCAAGUGAGUUUCAUCCAGAGGUUAGAAGAGUGAGACGUGAAGGCUCUUAUAUAUAUGAGGAAUUUAUGCCAACGGGGGGAACAGAUGUCAAGGUGUAUACAGUUGGCCCUGAGUAUGCACAUGCUGAGGCAAGGAAAUCUCCUGUUGUUGACGGUGUUGUUAUGAGAAAUCCUGAUGGAAAAGAAGUAAGGUAUCCAGUUCUACUUACUCCAGCUGAAAAGCAGAUGGCAAGAGAUGUUUGCAUUGCAUUUAGGCAAGCAGUUUGCGGGUUUGACCUUCUACGAAGUGAGGGGCGCUCAUAUGUUUGUGACGUCAAUGGAUGGAGUUUUGUGAAGAACUCAUACAAGUAUUAUGAUGAUGCUGCUUGUGUGUUGAGAAAGAUGCUGCUAGAUGCGAAAGCUCCCCAUCUUUCUUCAACAAUUCCACCAACUUUGCCAUGGAAAGUCAAUGAACCAGUUCAACCUUCAGAGGGUUUAACACGCCAGGGAAGUGGGAUUAUUGGCACAUUUGGGCAGUCUGAGGAGCUACGAUGUGUGAUUACUGUUAUUCGUCAUGGUGAUAGAACUCCAAAACAGAAGGUGAAACUGAAGGUUACCGAGGAGAAGCUGUUAAAUUUGAUGUUGAAGUACAAUGGAGGGAGGCCUAGAUCUGAGACAAAACUUAAAAGUGCUGUUCAGUUGCAAGAUUUGCUAGAUGCCACAAGAGCUUUAGUACCACGUUCUAGACCUGGCCGUGAAAGUGAUAGUGAAGCAGAAGACGUUGAGCAUGCUGAAAAACUCCGUCAAGUUAAAGCAGUUCUUGAAGAGGGGGGGCAUUUCUCUGGCAUUUAUAGGAAGGUUCAGCUAAAACCAUUAAAGUGGGUUAAAGUUGCAAAAAGCAAUGGGGAAGGUGAAGAAGAAAGGCCUGUCGAAGCACUAAUGGUUCUUAAAUAUGGGGGUGUUCUUACACAUGCUGGUAGAAAGCAGGCUGAGGAGCUGGGUAGAUAUUUCCGCAACAACAUGUAUCCAGGUGAAGGCACUGGCUUGCUUCGCCUCCAUAGCACAUAUCGUCACGAUCUUAAGAUAUACAGCUCUGAUGAAGGCCGUGUACAGAUGUCUGCAGCUGCCUUUGCUAAAGGUCUUUUAGACUUAGAAGGACAACUAACUCCAAUCCUGGUUUCACUUGUUAGCAAGGACUCUUCCAUGCUAGAUGGACUUGACAAUGCCAGUAUUGAGAUGGAAGAGGCUAAGGCUAGGUUGAAUGAGAUCAUAACUUCAGGAGCUAAGACAGUCCUUGGCAAUGGAUCAUCCAGUACACCAUGGAUGGUGGAUGGAGCUGGACUUCCUUCUAAUGCUUCCAAGCUUCUACCCAAAUUGGUGCAAUUGACUAAGGAGGUUACUGAACAAGUGAGGCUUCUUGCUAAGGAUGAAGAUGAGAAGCUUGCAGAGACAGCAUCAUAUGAUAUUAUUCCUCCAUACGACCAAGCAAAGGCCCUUGGUAAGACAAACAUUGACGUUGAUCGCAUUGCUGCUGGAUUACCCUGUGGAAGUGAGGGAUUUCUUCUGAUGUAUGCUCGGUGGAGAAAACUUGAGAGAGACCUUUAUAAUGAACGCAAAGUGCGGUUUGACAUAACACAAAUUCCAGAUGUUUAUGACUCCUGCAAAUAUGACCUCUUGCACAAUGCACAUCUCAAUCUAGAAGGAUUGGAUGAACUUUUCAAAGUUGCUCAGUUACUUGCAGAUGGUGUCAUCCCUAAUGAAUAUGGUAUAAAUCCAAAGCAGAAGCUCAAAAUUGGCUCAAAGAUUGCUCGUCGCUUGCUGGGUAAACUCUUAAUUGAUUUGAGGAAUACUCGUGAAGAAGCGAUCAGUGUUGCUGAAUUAAGAAGCAAUCACGAUCAAUCCACUAAAAAUGGGAAAGAAGAAACUGAGUACCAAUUGAAGCCUCAUAGUAAGAAUGAAGAUGCCAGAAGAUCUAGCUUCACUAGUGACAAGUCAAUGGAUCAGGAUGAUGAUGAUGACAAAGAAACCAAAUACCGCUUGGAUCCAAAGUAUGCAAAUGUAAAGACACCAGAAAGACAUGUGCGCACACGCCUUUAUUUCACAUCGGAAUCACAUAUUCAUUCCCUGAUGAAUGUUCUCCGAUACUGUAAUUUGGAUGAAUCACUCCAAGGGGAGGAUAGCCUUGUAUGCCAUAGCGCUCUGGAGCGUUUGCACAAGACUAAAGAGCUUGACUACAUGAGUUAUAUUGUGUUAAGGAUGUUUGAGAACACUGCGGUAGCUUUAGAAGACCCUAAAAGGUUCCGCAUUGAGAUGACUUUUAGCCGAGGUGCAGAUUUGUCUCCAUUGGAGAAGAACGACAGUGAGGCCACUUCAUUGCAUCAGGAGCACACCCUGCCAAUAAUGGGUCCGGAAAGGCUGCAAGAAGUCGGGUCGUAUCUGACCCUAGAACAGAUGGAGAGAAUGAUCCGGCCCUUUGCCAUGCCAGCGGAAGACUUCCCUCCACCGGCAACCCCCCAGGGAUUCUCGGGCUAUUUCUCCAAAAGUGCAGCAGUGCUGGAGCGCCUGGUAAACCUUUGGCGGCCCUUCCAUAAACAUGGAACUUCUAACGGGAAGCUGUAAAUACCUUCAUAGUUUCUCCAACUCUUUUCUAAAUGUGUUUGUUCUUCUUUACUUGUCAUAUUCUUUUGUUAAUCUCGUCUGACCCCUAAUUGGUAGCUCGGGUGGUAGUCAUACUGAGGUUUUUUGAGGUUCCUCCGAAGGAAAUUUUGGGGGGAAAAUAAUACAUGUUAACAACAGGAAAGAAAAUAAAGAAGAAAAAGAAAAUAGGUUGCUGACUGUAGAAGAAUACCGUUGAAUCUGACCUGACCUUAACACAAACUAGUUCUGCAUCUGGGAUGUAGCCCAACUCAAAUUUAUUGGCUGAAACACUGAGAAGCUACAGAUUAUUUUGAUCUUGUUGGGAAACAGGUUAACCGACUUUUUCUAGGUUCAUGUUAUUGUUGUGAUAACUCAAGCUGUUGAGUUGACAUAGGGGUUUAAGCGUCAACCACAUUUUAUUUUCUCAAAUCUAGCGCCUACAUUUGUUCUCUCUAAACCUUAACGCAGGGCUUCCAAACGAGAAUUCCUGAUUUUGUAUUGUAAACUGUAUAUGCGAUUGUUAAACUUAAAUUAGAAUUUUUUU